AGGGUUUUGCGCAUCCGGGCUCCCAGACAAGGUGCCCGGAGGCGGGGAAGUGGGCGAAAGGAGCGAGGGCGGGCGCGGCAAACAGAAACAUAACGGAGCCAGACUGGGCUGCGGAGGAGGCAGGAGUCCCGGGCCCUGUCCUGACAGCGUGUAGAGGCAGAUUUGCCUUUGGAAACUUACCUGAACAGCUUUGAUGCCUGAUGAUUCUUCCAAAAAGAAGAAAUGACUUAAUCAGCCCUACUUUGCUCUUCCAAUUUGGACAUGCAGCCCUUGUCAUAGAGAUGAAAACAUACACCAGAUGGAAAGGCAUACCUGAAAGGAACCAUAUAAAAUAGGAUUGUGCACCUGGUGGUUACAGAAUGGGGGUGCUUUGUUCUGUUAUCAGGUUUGAAAACCUCCAUGAACUGCGAAGACUGUGCCACUGGGGGCCUAUCAUAGCUCUCAGUGUAAUCGCAAUAUGCUCUGCCAUGGCUAUGAUUGAUGCCGUUCUGUGGUACUGGCCGCUGGACACGACAGGAGGAAGCAUCAAUUUCAUCAUGCUCAUCAACUGGACUGUUAUGAUCCUUUACAAUUACUUCAAUGCCAUGUUUGUGGGCCCUGGCUAUGUUCCCGUUGGAUGGAAACCAGAAAACUCUCAGGACUGCAUGUAUCUUCAAUACUGUAAAAUAUGCCAGUCUUACAAGGCUCCGCGGUCACAUCACUGCCGAAAAUGUAACAGGUGUGUGAUGAAGAUGGACCAUCACUGUCCUUGGAUCAAUAACUGCUGCGGGUUUCAAAACCAUGCCUCCUUCACUCUGUUUCUUCUUCUGGCUCCACUUGGAUGUAUCCAUGCUGCUUUCAUUUUUAUCAUGACCAUGUACACUCAGCUUUAUAACAGGGUAUCCUUUGGCUGGAGUUCUGUUAGGAUUGAUAUGAGUGCGGCCCGAAGAGACCCUCGCCCAAUCAUUCCUUUUGGAUUAUCUGCAUUCGCUGCUUCUUUAUUUGCUUUGGGAUUGGCACUGGGGACGACAAUAGCAGUAGGCAUGUUGUUCUUUAUCCAGGUGAGUCUAUUUUGUUACAAAACAAGAAAUUUUGAAAAUUGGGAAUAA